AUGUCCAUCUCAUCUGAAGACAUCUCGAGCCUCCGACAGAGGUAUGAAAAGGCGGGGCAGUCCCAUCUGUUCGCCUUCUGGGAUACCCUGUCCGCCGAGCAGCAGACCGAGCUUGCUCAACAGCUCGACGAGCUCGACGUGUCGCGAGUCAACCAGGUCUUCCACACCGCCAUCAAGGCGGACGAAGAGGCGAGAGCGGGCAAGUCGCACGAGAUCACUCCACCACCUCCUUCGUCCGUCGAAUGCACCAUUGACGGCGAAGCGGACUCUGCCAAGGUCGAGCACUUCAGGACGGUCGGUCUCAAUGCCAUUGCUCAGGGCCAGGUGGGUGUCCUACUCAUGGCUGGUGGUCAGGGCACUCGUCUGGGCUCGAGCGCACCAAAGGGCUGCUACGACAUCGGGCUGCCCUCGCACAAGAGCCUCUUCCAGAUCCAGGCCGAGCGUAUUCUCUCGCUCCAAAAGCUUGCAGCCAAGCACGGCUCCGCCUCCGCCUCGUCAUCGUCCUGCUCUUCAGUCGUCAUUCCAUGGUAUAUUAUGACCUCUGGACCCACACGCAAGGACACAGAAGCCUUCUUUGCCGAGCAUAAGUACUUUGGUCUGGAACAAGCAAACAUCGUCUUUUUCGAACAGGGAACGCUCCCCUGUCUUUCGUUGGAAGGGAAGAUCCUGCUCGAGACGCCCCACAAAGUGGCCACUGCACCGGACGGCAACGGAGGUCUCUACCGCGCCCUCCGCACACCCUACAACAAGGGUUCGCCCGACACAGUCAUCUCGGACCUCCAGCGACGUGGCAUCAAAUACCUGCACGCAUACGGUGUGGACAACUGCCUCGUCAAGGUCGGCGACCCGGUCUUCCUCGGUGUCUGUCUGUCACAGAACGUCCAGGCGGGUGUAAAAGUGGUCAAGAAGACGGAUCCAUCCGAGUCAGUCGGCGUCAUUGCGCUGCGGGACGGCAAAUUUGGCGUCGUCGAGUACUCCGAGAUCCCCACGGCGCUCAGCGAGGCCCGCGAAGGGAACGGCGAACUCUCCUUCCGUGCAGCCAACAUCGUCAACCACUUCUACACGACCCACUUCCUCUCCGAGCAAGUACCCGCCUUCGAGGGCGAGAUGGCCUUCCACAUUGCACGCAAGAAGAUCCCAACCGUCGACGCCGAGGGCAAACCGCACAAGCCCAGCACGCCUAACGGCAUGAAGUUGGAACUGUUCGUAUUCGACGUAUUCCCAUUCUGCGACAAGUUGGCAGUGCACGAAGUAGCAAGAAAGGAGGAGUUCAGCCCUUUGAAGAACGCCAAGGGCACAGGCGUGGAUGAUCAAGAUACGAGCAGGAGAGAUCUGUUGGCACAGCAGAAGAGGUGGUUGGAGAACGCGGGGGUGAAGGUCGAGGGCGAGGUCGAGGUGAGCCCGUUGGUCAGCUAUAGCGGUGAGGGACUGGAGAGGUACAGUGGCCAGACGCUCGAGGGGAAUGUCGAGCCUUAG